AUGGCUGGGCGAGGAGUGGCUGGCAUUGGCAGGGAGAGGCUGGGAUGGGAGUGGCUAGGAAUGGUUGGGGGAAAAGUGACUGUGAAUGGCAGGGAAAGGAGUGGCUGGGAAUGGCUGGAAAAGGAGAGGCUAAAAAUGGCUCCACUCCUCUUCCAGUCAUUCCCAGCCAUUCCAUUCCCGACCACUCCUCCCCCAGCCAUUCCCAGACACAGCCCUCCCAGCCAUUACCAGCCAUUCCUCUCUCAACCAUUACCAGUUACUCCUCUCCCAGUCAAUUCCAGACACUCCCUUAACAGCCAUUCCCAGCCACUCCUCUCCCAGUCUCUCCCAGCUACUUCUCCCUCAGCCAUUCCCAGCAACUCCUUCCCUAGUCAUUCCCAGCCACUCCUUUCCCAGCCACUUCUCUCCCAGCCACUAAUCUCCACUCCUCUCCCAGCCAUUCCUAACCAAUGCCCUCACAGUCUCUCCCAUCCCCAUCUCCCCCAGCCAUUUCCACCCACUGCCCUCCCUGCCUCUCAAAGCCACUCCUACCCCGGACACACAAAGGUGAUCCUGCCCAUCAAUUUUCAACCACACCCCUCCCAGCCUCUCCCAGCCAUACAAAGCCAUUCACAGCCACUUCUCUCCCAGCCUCUUCUCCCCCACCCAUUCCCAGGCUCUCCCAGCCAUUCCCAGCCUCUCCUAGCCAAUCCCAGAUUCUCUCCCAGCUAUUCCCAGCCAUUCCCCUCUCAGCCAUUCCCAGCCACUCCAGAUUCAGCUAUUCCCAGUCUCUCCUCUCCCAGACAUUCCCAGCCACACCUCUUUCAGCUAUUCCCAGGUACUAAUCUCCCAGCCAUUUUCAGCCACUCCUUUCCCAGCCAUUCCCCGCCACUCCUUUCCCAGUCAUUCCAAGCCACUCUUCUCCCAGCUAUUUCCAGCCAUUCACAGCCACUCCUCUCCCGGUCUAUCCCAGCUACUUCUCCCCCAGCCAUUCUCAGCCAGUCCCCUCCCAGCCUCUCCUCCCCCAGCCAUCCCCAGCCGCUCCAUUCCCAGCCACUCCUCCCACAGCCAUUCCCAGCCUCUCCUCUCCCAGCCAUUCCUUGUUACUCCUCUUCCAGCCAAUGCCAGCCAUUCCUCUCACAGCCAUUCCCAGCCAGCCAUUCCCAGCCAUUGCUAACCAAUCCUCUCCCAGACACUUCUACUCCAGCCAUUCCCAGCCACUCCCCUCCCUGCCCCUCCCAGCCAUUCUUCCCCCAACCAUUCCCAGCUUCUCUUAGCCACUCCUCUCCCAACCAUUCCCAGCCACUCCUUUCCCAGCCAUUCAUAGCCAAUCCCAGCCACUACUUUCCCAGCCAUUCCCAGUUACUUAUCUCCCCGGCAGUCCUCUCCCAUGCAGUCAUUCCCAGCAACACAUCUCCCAGCCUCUUCGAGCCAAUCCCAGCCAUUCCCAGCCACUCCUCUCCCAGCCAUUCCUCUCCCAGCUAUUGCCAGCCAUCCCUCUACUAG